AUGGGUACGUCUCAGUCGCCGCUGUCGAAUUGGCUGCCGUCCUCGACAUCCCUGCAGUCCGUCGCUCAGAUGAACUUCAUCAACCCCAUCAGAAACCUCUUCAGAGGCAGCGAGGCUGAGAUUCAAGCGAUGUCGAGCACGUACGACGCGCUGUGCAGCAACAGGGAUGACAUUCACCCCACAGGUUCCUGCGUCAACCUCGCCACAUGCAUGUUCUCGGGGGGCACUGCCGCCCCCGCCACCGCUAACGACAACUGUGGCCCACUCGAGGGCGUCUGUUGCACUCAUCACUUGUCGUGUGGUGACACGAUGGUGAGUCGUGUGGCGUUCUGGGAGAGUGAGAAAUAUCCUGCACUGUCCCCUAGAGCCGACGGCUGCACUAUAAACAUCACUCCCAACCGCAACGUCUGCUACAUCAGAGCCGAGUUUAUUGACCUGGUGUUGACGGCUCCUCGUGUCGACAUAUGUGAGGGUAACACCCUCACUAUCUCAGGCCAGGCAGAGGGCAACAGCGGCGUGCUCUGUGGCAACCUCAAUCAGCACGAGACGUUGAUCAAAGUUCGUGAAGGCAUGACUGGGGUCUUCAGAGUUUACCAGGACGUGGUCAUGCACAUGGACGUGCAAGACAAACUGCACAAGUAUUUGAUAAAGCUUACACAAAUUAAGUGCGACCAAUCGAUGAUCUCACCAAUUAAGAUCAGCCGAAGGCACAGCAGGACUUCUCCCCGUGGACGUCUUUUCACAUCUACGAAUGAAACAUCUGAAAGCGUAAAAGAAGAAGAUGUUAAGACGGAAUUACCGCCCAGCAAGGAUGAACCAUCAACAACCGAAGAACCUCAGUCAAACCCAGUAGAAGAUGAAAGAAAAAACCCAGAAGAAAAGAUUCCUAUUCGAGUGCGACGUCAAACUUAUCGUCGAGAAAAGGAAGCAAAGAUAACCUCCUCUGAUUCACAGUCAAGAAAUGAUUUUUUCCCUGACCAAGUCCCGAAUCCUCAAGACACUCUUCAGCUACAAAAUACACAGACUUUGGGUCAAUGGACUUGGUUAAGGAACAUGGUGUCGUCACUACCCUCUUUUGGGAAUAUAUUGGAUUCUUCGGAGCCUGCAGCUGUGGUGCAACCUUUGAAGUCCGAUGUUCAGAAAUCUGCCUGUGACCCAAGAGUCUCUCGUUGCGAAACACGGAGUAGUACGGCUUCCUCAGACUCCUUAGGAGCAUUGUUAACAAGACCGUCAAGCUCAAGUUUAUCAAUGAAGUCACCUCAGAACACAAAUUCGCAAUUAUUAAACGAUCAAGAAAUCAUAAGACAGUUGUUCGGUGACAAAUUUAAUCCCGAUGCAGAUUCUGAACUCCGACCCACCAAUCCUAAACUCCGGAGGAACUCGAAUUCCCUGCCGGCUCCAAAACUCGAGCAUCAAACUAACCCUCAUGUUCGGCCCCAAGAUAAUCGUCAGUUCGAAGCACUAGCUACUCGACUACCAGCCGGGCUACCUGAUCGCUCGAUAAAAAACCAAGCUAACAGUGAGAACAAAAUUAAUAAAAUGGUUGAAAUUUUUGAUAAGAAUCAAUCCAUACUAGCCUUCCUUGGUCAGUCACCAACGGACAUGAACGGAUCGUCAUCGCAUUUUAAAAAUGACACUGUAACAAUAACUACUGAACCAAGUUACUCUCCUACUCUUGGGAACAUUACAGGCCCAACACCUACUAACAAAUCUGACUUGCAAACACUCUCUGGCGAAUCGACUUCAACUGCAGAUAGCAUCAGUGUUGCUGAGCUCAAGGAAGUCGUCGAAGAAGGAAUAGAGGCUAGAAAAGCCUCCGGCGACGGGCUUUCCUUGCCUCGACGUCGUUCAUCUUACGGACAGACGAGUAGCAGCUUAAUUGAUGAUGGUUUCGUGGUUUUAGUUUCCCCGCUUGACGCUCCCAAUGCCAACAAGGAGCCUCAGGCCUCCGGAAGCGAUUUGAAUGCCCUGGCGCAACACGUAGGCAAAUUAGCAGCAACCAACUUCUUGAACAAUCUUCGGCAAUCUCAAGGAGUGCACAAUACUGCUGAUCAUGUCACUUCUCAGGGUCCAAGUCCCUCCACAACGCAGAGCUCACCGAAAGAAAAAGACACAUCAUUUUACGGGUACUUGAUCGUACGAAACGAGGUUGGUGAACAUUUCUUCUGCUCCGCGACUCUCAUUUCCCCUCGAUUCGCUCUUACGGCAGCCUCUUGCGUCAUGAGGAAAGGAUUCGAAACUAAGAACUACAGAAUUCACGCUGUGUUCAACCAAGAUGACUUAGGAGACCCACGAUUCCGCUCUGGCGAGACGCUGUUCAACAAAACCCACCACGUCAGAGUUUCCAAGACGGUGUUCCAUCCCAUGUACAAGCACGGCGAACUCGCCUUCGACUUGGCGGUGCUCAAGCUAGAGCGGGACAUGAUCAAGUGCACGCCUGUCAGCAUUGCUCGACCUGACACGGAACUUGUCGGGGAGGACAUCACGAUGCUGGGGCACGGAGUUCGGCCUACACCGCUGCUCAACUUCGCUGCGUACGAACGUCACCUCACCUACAUCAAUGGAAGGUACCUGCACCAAGAAGCUUGUAAUGAAAUUUACGACGACUCCCCCAUGAAGCGCAAGCUCUACCACGACAAGUUCAUCCUGCCUGAGAUGCUCUGCAUCCUCACCCCUAAAGGCAUCCAGCUCUGCGAGGGAGACCAAGGAGGCCCCGUCGUGAUUAAUUUCGAAGAUGAAGAGAAGCCUCCUCGCCUCAUCGGCAUAGCGUCCGGUAACGAUAACAACUGCGUCGGCGUCAAAAGGUGGGCAUUUGGGUGAUCUUUUAUAAGCUUC